UUGCCCUAGUUCUUCUACUUCACACCAAAGUGGAUUUCGAAGCUGAUCUUCAAAUCAAAUCACCGAAAAUUUCUCAAAAAUGGAAUCAGAAAACGAAGAUAAUUCAUCAGAUUCGUCGUCUUCAUCGUUUCAAUUGAGACAAAUGAAGAAGAAAGCGAAGAAUGCAAAGAGGAAUGCCAAGAGGAAGGCGAGAAAGCUUCAAGAGACCAAAGCCGUCAACGAUCAUCCUGGAAUGCCGAUUAUCACCACACCAUUCACAGGAGAAAAUUACUUUAGCUGGAGUCGGAGCAUCAGAAACGCCCUUACAGAGAAAUCCAAACAGGGUUUUAUUGAUGGGUCGAUUGAACGUCCUAUUGAUGAAGAGGAUCGAGUCAGAUGGGUUGAAGAAGAUUCACUGGUACGUUCUUGGGUACUGAGUUUAUUAUCUAAAGAAAUUGUGGAAGAUUUUGUUCAUGCUGAAACCACAUUUGAGCUAUGGGAAGGACUUAAAAUUCGUUAUUACCAAGUUAAUAAUGAACAAAUCUCUUAUCAACUCCAGAAGGAUAUUAAUUCUUUGAAGCAAGGAAAUUCAACUCUAGAAAAGUAUUUUUCUCAAAUGAACAGAUUGUGGGAUGAGUUUAGUUGCUUAAACCCCCUGCCGAAAUGUGACUGCGAAAUUCGUGUUAACAAAUGCUGCAUUAUUUCUGAUCAAGUUGAAGCACAGGAUGUGAAGAAACGUCUUGCACAAUUCUUGGUGGGUCUUAAUGAUUCGUAUGAUGAUAUUAGAAGUCAGAUAUUGGAGUCGGAGACGGUGUCACUGGACAUUAACCUGGCAUAUUCAUUCUUGUUAGCAGUUCAAACCCAACGCCAGAUAAUGGAAUCUGCUAGGCCUUUUCGUGACCUGGAGUCCAAUGCUUACAAAGGAAAAGCUUUGAAUGAACAGAAAAACAGUGGAGGAAAUAGCUUCAAAUCUUCACUAGUCUGCCUUCAUUGUAACAUGACUGGUCAUCUUCGAGAAGGUUGCUUCAAACUUAUUGGUUACCCUGAGUGGUUUAAAAGAGGUAAGGAAAGAAAGGGAAGAAAUUUCUCCAACAUGACUGCAACACAUUACUGUCUGAAAGCGAAUGAACUAAACCGAGAAAAGAUGAGACUGAACCAAGAAAGGAUGACUGAAGAAGCAAUCUUCAUGGAGACGAGGAAAAUGUUACACAGUCUAUUGAAGCAGAAUCGAGAUUGCGAAGCAUCAACCAGUAAAACGAUCACAUUUGAAAAAGAAGUUGGUGAGACUCGGAACUGGCUGGAAGAACUGCCGCGCGAUGUCACAGUGGCGAUACUACAAAAGGUUGGGGUCAUGGAUAUACUGGACAAUGUCCAGCAUGUUUGUACCUCAUGGCAUGAAAUCUGUCAAGACCCUGCAUUGUGGCGGUCCAUUGAUAUGUGCAACAUCGACGAUUGCUAUGUGCCAUAUAGGAUGUUAAAGUUAACCAAGCAAGCAAUUGAUCGAAGUUGUGGCCAGUUGAUUGACAUGAACCUCGAGUAUUACUGCAAUGACGAUAUCCUCAAAUACAUUACUGACAGGAACAAUCAGUUGAGACGUCUUAAACUUGUUUCGUGCUGGGACAUUACAAAUCAUGGAUUAAGUGAAGCUGCUAAAAUGAUGCCAUCCAUGGAAGAACUCCAUCUUCAUUUUGGGAAGAUCACUGAAGUAGGUCUUGAAAAUGUUGGGCGCAGCUGCCCGGGACUGAAAUCACUCACACAUAAUCGACAUAAUCGACAAAGGGCCCUUACAAUAUUGGAGUCUGAUGAUGAUUAUUCUGAUCCCGAUUCUGACGAGGGGUAUAAUUCUGAUCCAAAUUCCGAAGCACUUGCUAUCUCAAGAACCAUGCCUCAGUUGCGUCACCUUAGCCUUGUUGGGAAUUCCAUGACUAACACAGGUCUGCAAGCCAUUAUAGAUUCUUGCCCUCAUCUUGAAUCACUUGAUCUUAGGAGGUGCUUUAAAGUUGACCUGUCUGGUGAGCUGGGUAAAAAAUGUUCUUCUAUAAAGACAUUCCACCACCCCAAUGAGUUUAUUGUUGAUUAUGAUGAUGAAUCAACAUCUUGUGAGAGAGGUCUAUUCUACGAUCUCUAUGAUGAUUAUAGUGAUGGAUUUUCAGGCUUCUGUCUCGAUUCGGAUGAGGAUGAUGAAUACAACUAUUACCCCUCAAAUGACUAUGAGGACUUUUAUUAAUUUCUCUCAUAAAAGGCAAAAUAACUCGAACAUUUGACAUAUGUUUCAUGUCGUCUUUUUGUCUUUUCUUUAGACGCAUAACUGGGAUUUUGACAUAUGUUUCAUGUCAUCUUUUUGUCUUUACUUUAGGCGCACAACUGGGAUAUUGACGUUUCUAAGUUUUUUUAUACUGAAA